AUGGGACAGAGAGUCUCCGCCAUCCAUAGUGUCAAGUCCGAGAAUUACUACGAGAAAGGAAAUGCAAUCAACGAGAUUUGGAUCGGAAAUGUAGAGCUGCUCUCUCGUCUUCCCUUCGGUGACUCCGACCUCGCCCAAGCUUCCUGGCCAAUUGGUGGUUGGCCCAAAAUUCCAUGGCACAACUUUAUUAUUCCUCUCAAGCGAAGAGCCUUCUCGUUCUACGUGGGAGACGGAGAUGGCGAUGGGCCUCAUCCGCUUUCGAAAGAAGCCAUGACCAGCGCAAGGCCAUCCGUUCAUCUUUCUCGAGGCAAGCUACUUAUCGCCGUCACCGUUCUUUCGUUGCUGUUCCUGUCGGCCGUCUACGUGCCAGUCGCACUCCGACAACAUACAGCGCCAUAUGGUUGGGAUACGGAUUCGGAGAGGCGCAGGCAGCAGAAAAGGCGGUUGGCCACGCGCACUUCCAUCGCAUCGGUGUUCCUUUUCGCCGCUUUGGUCAUCACGGCCUUGCAAUUUCACCUCUGGACAAUGAUUCGUUAUGUUUUUUCAGCGAAGGGCGCUGGUUUCCUGAUACUAGGAAUCACUUGGGCCACUGUAGGUGUCAUCGGCCAUUUCUUCGCCGUGAAGGCUGUGACCCUGCUCUGGUUGGACUGGAGAGAUGCCCGCCGCGCAGCCGCUGAGGACCUCUCCCAAGAGUUGGUAGAGAAAGAACUUCCUGGAAUCCUCGUGUCAUGGCUUCAGAGACAGCAUCGAGCUUGA